GGGGGAGGAGAGAGAGAGAGAGCGGAGCUACAAGUGACAGUAGUGUGGAUGUGACACAGGCAGAGCGGAGACCUGGGGAUCGGGGGUGUCCUGAACAUGCGCGCCCCCCCACUCCCCGACACGCGUGCUGGGCUUUGACAGCCGGCAGCAGAGGGGGGAUCUGAAAGCCCAGCACCAGCAGCCCUCUACCUGCGCCUGGCACCGACCCCCCCACCACCUACAAAGCUUGGCAUCAGCCUGCAUCUGAGCUCCAUGGCCCCAGGAUGAUCCGCUUCCUUCUGCUGCUUUUGCUGCUUCCCGGGGCCGAGCUUGUUGCCAAUAACACCGAUGCAGUGGAAUCCUUUGCAAGUACCACCUUAGGGGCUCAGUUCAUCAUGGCUGUGACCCACAAAACCACGCUCCGUAAACCAUUACCAGCAUCCCGUGGACCAGCAAACAAGACAGCCGUGCCUCGUCCUCCACCUCUUAAAGAUGGCAAAAAACAACAUAGUUUUCUGAAUCCCGCCAAUGUCCGGCCAGUGCAAGAAGGUGCAAAUACCAGUGAUACAAAUUCUCCGAAUUAUCAGCAAAGAAGCUCAACGCCCUAUGAGUCUCCGAUGAAUUCAACUAAGAUGCCCUUGACUGCCAGAAGUCAUUCAUUGAGCGAUUCCCCUCAAAAGCGGCCAGUCAUUAGAAAAGUUCCAACUGUACCCAGCAAAGCCAAAACAGUUCAAAAAUUUGCAACUAAAAACCCUUCUGCGAGAUAUCAAAGCCUUCCACAUUUACAUCAUAAAAAUGUCACAUCAAAACCUGGUCAGUCAAGGGACUCCAAUUUUACUGCUGGCUCAAGAGCAUUGCCAUUCAGCCCCAUUCCUCAGCGUACUGCCAACACACCCCUGAGAAACACUCUUAAACCUGGACAAAAAGGUGUUCCAUUUCCAGCAGAUAGGGUUAAACAAUUCCCAGUGGCAUUACAAGCAGUAUCACAGAUGGGUAGGCAGCUGAAGGAGAAAUCAAGUAACACAUCAGUUCUGCUCAAUACCCUUGUAAAUCAGAAUUCUAGCUUUCUCACUAACAGCCUUCAACAUACGGCUCAAUCUUCUAACUCCACAUUUACAACUGGAGAAGAGGCUAUUUUGUAUGAACUGAAUUCUCUGAACACCCAGAACCAUCUAUUGAACUCUGAAAAUGUGACUUCUGUGCCUGAGGCCGAUCGACACAACGGUGUCUCAGGAGCUGGACUUUCAAGAAAAGUAAAUUUGUCAGGAACACACGAUUCCAAAGUCAUGCAAGAGUUGAAAUCCAAAGUAAAUGUAAGGAUACCGGAUAGAAACAUAUUCAAUCACACAAACCUAAGCUCAACAGAACUUCAUGGACUUGUUCAAGAAGACAAUGUUCAGUUCCAUCCAGAAUUUGCCACUCAGCCUAGUGCCAUUGGCCUUACACAAAUUGAUGUAUUGGCCACCCAGACUGCAAGGACUUCUGAUAUUGUAAGUCAUUCAAAUAACCAUUCUGAUGGACUUGUAGAUGCUGCAAUGGAAGUCCAGAGUGUUGUGAUGACGGGGGUAGCCACAGAAGCCAAGAGAGAGAAGAACCAGACUCAGCUGGGUAUAAAAGAAGGCCAUAAAAAUCACCACAAUUCGACACAUUCUCACAAACACAGACACCUAGGUUUACAGUCACCUAACCAAACCGAAACCAACACAUUAUCUCAACAUAAUGAUAGACCGUAUAAUAGAACAACCUCUUUAGAACCAAACAGACAUCAUCAGAAGCACCUACACAACCACACUCAGCCACACUCACAUAGCCACCAUAAACACCUGUCAGAUCACCAUUUACAAAGGAAUCAUGUUUCCCAGACUCAAGUACACCUAAAUACACAGGAACAUCCAGAUUUAACCACUCAGAUACAACCAAGCCAGUCUAACUCACAACAGCUUCACACAGAGUUAAUAACAUCUGUCCAGAGGGAAAUUCCCAUCCAAAAUAAUACACAUUUCAGUGCUAGGCCAUCGAAUCCCCUCUAUAUAGGAGCUCUGCAAGAGAAUGAGAUAGGGUCGGUAACAGCAGAAGGACUUUCAGGUACAGCUCAUCUAAGGCUAACUACCCAGACUGUCUUUGACAGUCACUCUGAAACGACAACCAAAGAACCCACAACACAACACACAAUUUCUGUAACAGACAGUCAAACUACAGUUCACAAGCUGAACAGUGUAGAACAAGGUGGACAAUCUGAAGCACCCUCCAGCCUACACACUAAGCCAUUCAUACACAGACAUUUAGAAUCACACACAAGGUACACAGGCACAGACAGAGCUGUCUACAAGACAGGUCUGGCCCGAGAUGUCCACACAGAAACCGUCUAA